AUGAUCAAGAACACACCAGAAUGGGAAGUGAGAUUGACGAACCCUUGUUACUGCUAUGCCCAAGACAUAGUGUUGGCAUGUGUUGGUUUAAAAUCGCUCACACCCAUCGACCGUUCGAAGAUAUCCAUAUCCGGUAACGAGUGUAAGGUGUUCGAAGGUGUAGCUGACAGAAGUGAGAUAGUUUUCAAAUAUGUAUGGGCCGAGAAGUUCGAUAUCAAGAUCCUGUCGGGCUCAAUAGCUUGCUCUUAA